GCGUUCACUGAGUUGCGUGAGGAGACCUGAGUGUGAGGAUAAUCAACAUGACGCAGUGGUGGGCUCUGCUCCUCGUUGUUUACCUGCUCAUCUACCUGGCAGCUUCUCAGCACCACAGGAAAACUCUGUAUCCAUCUGCAUAUAGGAUAAAGCGUGGGACAUAUUCACUCAUCAACCCCACCUUCCAGCACUCAGUGGAAGACAUCAACUUACUUUUUGAGAUUCUGCUGGCUGGAAUGCAGAUAGAAGGUCAAGAACACACCAUGCUGAUCCCAGAUGAGGAGCUGGCCUCCCUGAUGAACGUCAAGAAGCUGGAGGUCAUCUGUGAGGACGUCCUGCCCAAGAAACUCUCUGAAGCUUGGACAGAUGCAGUGAUCCAGUUGUUCAGAGCUGUUCAAAGGGACCUCAGAACCUCUUGA